AUGGGAGGUCUCCAUCUUACUGAAAUCUCUCACCACUUUAACUUAUUCAUAACAAUCUCCAUCACUCUAUUCCUAUUCUCAUUCGGUGGCUUCGAUUUCAAAUCGAAAUAUCACUGGCGUAUAUUUUAUGCGACUCUUUUCACGAUUUCAUUGAUUUCCUGCCUCAUUGGAAUACUCAAAAGUUGGACGAUUUGUCGCAAUGACAAAAAUCAAGCAGGAGUGCUGGAAAGAUGCAAACGAGAUUAUACGAUCGGCAGUGGAAGUCUGCUCCUCUUCGCAUGCAUCCCCUAUUUUGUCAUUUGCUACUUUCAUUUCAACAUUAAGAUUGCUCUCUACGUCUUCUUCGUAUUCAACAUCUCCUCCGUCGUACUCCAUUACGCAUUCAUUUCGAAACUCAAACGUCUGUGUAGACUGAAAUACAAACGAUCUCAUUGUGUCAUCGCUACCUGUUUCCAUUUGCUCGUUUUGAUUUCAAUUUUCACGUUCAAAGUGGUUUUUGACAGGCAGAUUGCCUUUGUGAUCCUCUGCUUUCAACUCACCUUUUUAUAUGCUCUGAUUUUCAACACAAUCACAUUAUGGACGAUACUCGGAAAUCGCAUCGAGCUUAUGAAUAUUGAAAUGAGAAUCAUUGAAAACGGUGAAGCAGGAGAUGAUCGUACUCCGAUGGGCACAAAUGUUAGAGAACGGGAUUCAUCACAGACAGGAGCAGAAAAUGUGCAUGAAGUCUGUUGCAGUGAAAUCGAUGAGACUUCUUCAAGAGAAAUUGGUACACAAGCGACUUGUUUGAAGUGUGACCUCUGUAUGUUGGAAUACGACAGAACAAUCCAACAACAAACUCCACUCAUUCCGACAUCCAUUUUUAUUGCCCAUUCUGCCAAUCUUGUGGUUAAUGGAGACCUUGCCCAAAUUCCACAAAAUCACUGCAACUCAUUCGUUAAACGAAGAUCAAGAAGCUCAAAGCAAUUCAAAUUCAUCAAAUAUUCUCACAGCGUCACGAAUACGCAUUUCCAAAUAUAA